ACAGCAUAUUGGAUUGUUGUCGUGUGCUACCUCAUGUCGUCACUUUCGCUUUCGUUACUUUCGAUUCAAAAUUAGUCGAGCAGGUUGAAUCGUGCAGUCCAGACGUCGACAGCUCACUUUACACAGUUUACGCUUUUCGUCUGUCGAAGCCGAAGUUUGGUUUCAGUUGCUGUUUGGAGAUUCUAUCGCCAUCAUGUCACAGGAAGUUGAAGAAAUGGAAACUGAAAGCUCUGAACUACAUCAGGCCACUCCUUCUCCCCAUCCUUCACACAGUGAUGAUCCUCAGUUAAUGGACAUUUCUAACGAUCAGGACUAUACAGCAGGCAUUGGAGGUCAAGACUCUAGCCCUCCUUGGGAUGACAUGAAGAACACAACGGGUCAAACACACUUACAGCCAGAGGGUAUCAGUGGCAGUGUAGUCACUAAACAACCUCCAAGAAUCAAUGGACCAGACCUUCACAUGAUGGGACAUGAUAAAAAGAACUUACAGGCAAGCAGUCGUAAAGGUCAAGACUCUGGAUCACCUCUGGAUAAACAGGAGCAUCAAGACAUCACACAAGACACAACGGACAUUUUUAAAAAUGGUGGUGUAAAAACCAAACCAGUGGAUACUGCUACAUUUAAAAUCAAAGUGGACUGGACAGAAUCGUUUCCAGAGAAGUGGGGAAAACAGUUAGAGAUGGCCCUUCAGAGCUGGUUUAUCAAACAGAUAAAACAAGUAAAAGUAUCUGUCAUCAGCAUUAAACUCAUGGAGGAUCAAUCAUGGGCAGAGGUGGAGAUAGAACCAUCAGCAGCUCUAGAAACUAUACAAAGGCACAGGUCUGUAUCUUUGGAUUUUAAAAAUGAAAAUAAGAAAGUGACCGGACAGAUUCAUCUGGAUGAUUCUGUGACUGUAUCACGAAACACCUCCAAGUCGGACAAGAACAGAAUUUCAUCAUCAGAGAUUAAGAAUGCCACGCAUGUGACUUAUGCAGCAUCAGAUGACACAAUCAAUGGUGAAGAUGUUCCAGCUAAUAUUGCUCCAAAUGAAGCUGAGAGCACUAAAACCUAUGAAAUGACCACUGGGAUGUCAACUGGGCUCACUGUCCCCCUCUUUCAGUUCUGGUACAUGCAUCAUAUUUACAGAAAGGAGGUGGAGCAAAUUGAAAAACAACAUGGAGUCUCUAUUUUUGCAGAUGUGUCAGUCACAGUCAAACCAACCACGAACACAAGCCUUGAUUCUGUGGCUAAAGCCUCUGAUGAUUUUCAGAAACUUGUCACUAAAUGUGUGGAUAAUUUUAGCUAUGCUGACAUCAAUCAUAAUGACAUGGAUUCAAAUAUUGUGAAGGAGGCCCUGCAUAACAUAGAGUCAGAGAAGACAAAGAUUAUGUUGACCAGGUCUGCCAAUAAGUGCCUGUUCUUUGGACCGAAGAAACUAAUAGACAUGAUUCAAAGAGAGGUGGGGACAACGAGACUACGCAAACUCAAUGAAAGUCAAAAGGAUGUAGACAACAAUUCUACACAAAGCAAAUCUUUAUUGGACAUGGACACUGAGGACCUUCCAACUCAGUUUGAGAUUGACAAGGUUCAUUGGGAUUUGAUGAAUCUUACUUAUAAUGAACAAAUAUCACAGCUUGAAACAAAGUAUGGAGUGUCUUUUAAUGAAGAAAAUCUGCAGAACAAUUUAACCAUUAAGGUUCAAGCUCGAUCCAAAGGAGGUCAACAUAUUAGUCUUGAAAGUCAUGCCCUCAGAGCUUUAACACAUCUCUACCAGAAACUAGCCUCAGCCGCUGUCAGCUGUGAACUCACAAACCCUACAGAUAAAACUGCUGUGGCCCCAAUAGUAGAGAAACUUCAGCAGCAGCAUUAUUGUGUUGUUGUAGCAGAUGAAUUCAGUCCCUGGAAGCUCGUUGGACUGCCAGAACAUCUCGGUCCUGCCAUUGCUGAUAUUGAGAAGAAACUUCAGAAGAAUGUGUUUAAUGAUGAGAUGAAGAAACUGAUUGGAUACUCAGGUGACAUUCCUCAUGCAAGAGGAAUCAGAUGGAAUCAGACGCCUGAUUAUGGAUCAGGAGCAGUGGGCGGAGCUGUAGGAGAUGAGGGAGUGAAUUUUAGAAGGCAAAGUGAAGCAGAUACUGGUUUCAAUGAAGAAUCAGAAGGAAAUUCUAAACGUGAGAGUAAAGGUGCUAAUGCUGAAGAGGAGAAGUGCACUAUUUGUAUGGACAGCUUCACUGACAAGGAAAAACUGAAAUGCGGGCAUGAAUUCUGUCGGGACUGUAUUAAGUUGUCAGUGGAGAGUCUGGGACCCAUCUGUCCUGUGUGUAAGGAAGUGUUUGGGAUAUUGGAGGGAAACCAACCUGAUGGAACAAUGAACGUAAGACAGAGCAGAUCGAGUCUCCUUGGAUAUCCACAAUGUGGCACUAUUGAAAUCAUCUACAACAUACCCAGUGGUAUUCAAACGAAGAAGCAUCCAAACCCGGGAAAGCCUUAUCGUGGAGCAAAGCGUCAUGUGUACCUUCCAGACAACAAUGAAGGAAAUGAAGUGCUCACACUGCUACAGAGAGCUUUUGCUCAGAAACUGAUCUUUACUGUUGGAACCUCUACAACUUCUGGUUUAGAGAAUGCUGUCACCUGGAAUGAUAUUCAUCAUAAGACCAAUACAUUUGGCGGGCCUCAGAAUUAUGGCUAUCCAGACCCGGACUACCUGAGGAGAGUAAAGGAUGAGUUGAAGGCCAAAGGCAUUGAAUAAAGGUUUAUUUAUAUGUUCUAAAUGCACAUCAAAGCCUAAUAUUUACAAGUUAAUCAUCUAUUGAUUAUUAUAUUGUAAUAUACAUAUUUUAUAUAUAGCACAUUUCAGAAGUAUUUAGACCCUUUACCAGAUUACUGAAAAACAAGCUAUAUAUUGAACUCUUGUUCUGUCUGAAGCAUAUCUUAAAUCUCAGAAUUAAUUAUUAGAGCGUGACAUUGGUUUUAACAAAUUAAAAAACAAAAACAUUGUCUUCCAAAAAUGCAAUGCAAUCUGUCACAAGCUGCCUCUAAAAGUACUUUCCAUUGUUGCUUUUACUUUUAAAAUGUAUUGUUUUUUGUUGUUGUUUUUUUUCUUAGUACAUCCCUCCAUAUUUUAGCUCUUGCUUUCAGAAAGCAAGGACAAGUGUAUCUCUCGGAUCAAAUUCUGAUGAUUAAUAAUAAUGAUUUGUUUCAAUCAUAUAAAAAAAAAAGACCACUUUUUUGGACAAAAUGUAUUGAAGUUCUAACUUUUGGAAAGAUUUUUUUCCUUGUAAAUGAGUCAUCAUAAAUAA